AGUCACCAGUAGAAAUGUAAAUUAGGUGUGUCCUGUGAUAUAGACGGCGUUCAACAGAAGAUGAACAUUUGAAGUGACGGAGUGAGGAAAGCGUGUUGUCGGACUCAGUCAGUGGGUAGAACUAUAAUACAAGUGAACGGAACUAUACUUCCAGUGAACAGAGUUAACGACAGUCGGAAUUCUAGUGAUAUAUCUGUGGAUUGUUAUUUCACCUGGGACACCGCCAGUAGCAGACGACAUUUUUCACCUGAGAUACCUGAGCCCAUAUUGAGAUGGCCAUCCGCAAAAUACCGAAGGAAGUCGAGCAGAUGUUUGACAAAUACGUGACCAACUUCACUCGGCGCCUGAAGAAAGACGCAGCCCUGAACAUGCUGGAGAAGGAGUUCAGUCUCUCAGAGGAGGAAGCCGACAUCAUCUUUGGCGUAUUCGACAAAGAUCAAAAUAACGAACUCAGCUUGUGGGAGUUUAACCAGUUCUACAACACCAUUGGUGGGGAUGCCCACACAUACCUCGCUAUGUUCAACGACCUUCAAAAGGACCACACCGGCUUGGUGGACAUCGAGCGUCUGUGGGAUGUCCUGAAAGUUAUGAAAACUGCCCAGGGCAACACCUUGGAAGAGAAGGACGUGGAGAUGUUCAUCAAGAGCACUGCUGGCAGCGAGAAGAAGAUUGAUCUGCCCAAGUUCAUUAACCUCUUAUGCCGAGUGAAGCUGUUCCGCGGUGGGGUGGAGGCCCACUAGUCGAGGAAUCAACUGAAAGAGCAGACGACAUACCAGAGUUCUGUGACGGGUGGACAUGAUUUGAUUUUGUGAAAAACACUUUCAAUGGCUCGAAUCCGUUGACUAUCACUGAUAUGAUGAGGGAUUUUUAAAAUUGUGUUGGAUUUCUUCGACCAAUCCGUAAGAAGACCGUGUCAGGUUACCUGUGGACUUCUCUGCUUUAUAGAGCCUAAAAUAGCUUGACGUUUGAUUAUAGUGCAACUAUUAAUGAAACGUAUCUCACACUAAUUACAGAAAUAUCCAGAAUGUAGAGUGUACAUACCUCGUCUGUGACAAAUACAAAAUAGUCGAACAACAAUAACGGCAAUGUCCUGUACAGAGGAUACAAAUCUGCCCUGAAAACCAGUUUAUGUUGUACCUUUUUGGGGGGGGGGGGGGGGGGGGGGGAAGUCCUACUAUAAACUAAUUUUGAUCUCAGGCUGUAAUGAUGCAUAAUAAUGCAAUAGCAAGUGACGCUGCAGAACACAGGCAGCAUUAAAUACACAUUUAAAGAAAUCAUUUCAAACUAGGGCAGUUCUGAUAGUCAGAACAGACUUCAUUUGUUGGAACUAGGUGUAUGAGGUUGGGAACUGGGUAUAUUAUGGUUGUUACUGUUGCAUAUUUAAUUAUGUCAACGAUAUAAAUACUGAAACAAUAAGAUCUGUGCAAGUGUUGUAUAUUUUCCAAUCACUUUAUAUAUUGUGAAAAUGUCAAAUCACUGGCAACAAUUGGGUGUCCCUCGCAGAUGUAUAACCCUUAAUAUUGACACUUGUUCAGUGUAUGUAUGAUACAAUGUGAUGCUAGUCUUUGGGUGACAGUAGUCCAAGGUGCUGUGUUAUCUCCCGACAUGACAAAUAACACCUUGCUUGUCAGUCUGACUCUGUCUCUACAUACUUCACGUGUUGAAGCAUAACCUAAGAUAUUUAAUAUUUGUCAGGACAUUUGUGGUCACAAUUGGCCAACAGAUAUCAAGGGAGAUAACUCGUGUCAGAUGUUGAAAUCAAGUGGUACUGGUGGUUGUACAUUUAAUUUCUUUUAGAGUAUCACCUGCAAGUGUGGCCAGAAUAUUCGUAAAUGAGAUACAUAAGAAAAACCUUGGCUUUUUUCACAGUAUGUCCUAUAAAAUGGACACACAAAUGAAUUUUGUGGAUAGAACUGAAUAACUGAUCAUGCCCUCAAACUUAUAGAUUGGGAAGCCAUUUAAUGUUGACAAGUAAUUCAGAUAGAAGAUGGGCCAUAAAGCCGCAGAAGCUAAAAUACCUGCACUGUGGGAACCAAGGGUCACUGCCAAAACAUCUCUGUUUGAGAACAAGCUGCAUGUCUGCCUCCAAAGUGUUUUCAGUGAGAAUUACCCAUCUAUUGAAUUCCUGUGGUCAGGUCACAUCUGCAUUGAUAACACAGGAACUCGUUAUUGGUCAGUAAAUAAAAAUAUAUACCCCCUAUAUGUAAGUAGAGAUAGAGGGUAUAUAUUUUUUUACUGACCAAUAACAAGUUCCUGUGAUUGAUAACUAUUUGAUAUCUACCACCACCACCUACUUGUAUUGCCAUGGACCAGUCACCUAUAUUCAUUCAUUCAUCAUGCUCAUGUUAUAGACAUCAUUACCAUAUAUGGUAUCUAAUCCACCAUCACUCCAUACUUUAACAUUUCAAGUGUUUCUUCCAUACUUAGGUAAAUACACGUUAUAUUUAUGACACACAUGUAUUGUAUGUGAUGCAGUAAAUUAUCAGUACAGGGGACGUUUUCCAUGAUUUUCUUAUGGUGCUUACUUCGAUGAUAUAAUCAUAUAUUUUCUCCUGUUAUCUUGAAAUAUCUUGUAGAGCAUUAGCUAUUAGAGCAUGUAGGUGGAAGGGGUUAUAAUUUUUAUUUCUCAGGGCUCCUAAAAAAACGUUCACCAUUUGAUAAACAUGGAUAAAUAUAUAUCUUGUAAUUUCAAUGUAAUGUUUUACUUUCAAACGUAGGCAUGUAAUAGUGUUGUUGUGUACAAAGAUAUUAAGUCUUUGAAUGGCAUUUAGAAGUGAUAAAAAUAUAUUGGAGAAAAGAACUUAUACCUAGUCUAUCAUAAAUUUAAAACCCUGCACACAGUUGAGCUUGUCAAAGGCUGUUGUUAUGAAGCCUGUUUCAAUUCUAGGUAGGUGUUGUAGGCAUAUAGGACAAAUGGAAGUCGCUUACAAUAUAUUGCCUAAACAGCUUCACCAAAAUCAUGCUUUGCAUUCCGAAUGUACAAUUUUUAUUGAUAUUUCUUGUAUAUACUGUAUAAUUUACCUGGUUAUUUACCAACUGUAGACAAAUUAAAAUGAAAUAAAAUGUAUAACCAUUA